AAUUCCCCUUGGGCACUUCCCCAGUGGCAGUUACCCUAUUCAUUUUUUUUCCUCUUCCCGGUCACAACUCCAAUUUUGAACUCCACCGCCGCCAUCGAGGUCGUCCGCGGUCCGCACCGAGCUCCGUGGAUUCCUCCGCCGUCGCCGAGCCUAUCUGAGCGCGCGAUGGCCACGGAUCCGAGAGGUCGGCGGCCGCGGCACCACGCGGCGGUGAACGAAGUGCUCUCGACGCUCGCCGCCGCCAACAGCACCCUCGCCGACGUGCAGCGCCGCCUCGACGCCGACUUCCGCGCCGCCUACCCGGAUCACGCGAAUCCGGUGAAGCUGGUGGCGCGGCUGAAGCGGAUCCAGGAAGAGGUAGCGGCGGUCAAGGGACUCUGCCGCGAUCUGCUCACCCAGAAGCAGGAGUUGAUCGACGCAAUGCGGACAAGCCUCGCGGUGCAGCGCAGCGCCGUGCAGCGGCUGCUCGCCUCCUCCGGGCUGCCCCCCAUGUCCGAAGAGGACGCCGCCACCGACGCCAAUCUCAACCAGAUCAUCGAUGAGUGGACGGCGCAUGUUGGGCCAGACACAGGAGAUGACAAGGAUGAGGAUACCAACCAAAUCUUCUUCGCCGCUGUCGUUUAGAGCGAGUGAGAGCGGCCACAACCUAGAGCAGAAUUCUAUGCAAAGUCAGGAGGUCUCAUGCUCUGCUGCUCAUGUCAUUGUUUUGUGUGUUUUGGCGAGAAGAGCUGCCCGUGCUGCAGCAUGCGGUCUCAAUUUGCAGAUCCAUUUCUACAAUGAAGGCCAGCGUACUGGAGCUGGCCGCGAUGGAGAUUCUACUUCACACAUCUGUUGCUGUUGUGGAGAGAAUUGAUUAGAAAAUCGUAGACUUUGAUUGGAUUGCGGUGUGGUUAGCAGGAGAGUAUAAAACUGAGAGCCUGUUAGCUCCUCUCUCGCUUUUCUUUUUGUGUGUGUUAUUUUACUUUUCUCAUACUCAACCUUUGUAGAAUAUGCUGUUGAAUAGUACAAAGUGAGGGAAAAAUUUUGCUUCGUA